AUUCUCGGAGAGUAUUCUGAAGCUGACAGGUAGGAAACAGAUUCAAUACUCUAAGAAAUCAAUAUCUCCUACUAUAAACAUUCAAUAAUAUACCUGAAACAGUUUGUCGCUAAAAUAAGUCAGGCUUUUGUGAAAUUUUUUUAUAGUGAUGCAAUAGAGUACAACUGUAGUAUGCGUAGUUUGCAACACUUUAUUAUUUAAAUGCAAUCAGAGUAUACUUUUGGAGGACCUGUUUUUUAAAUAUACUCAUUUGUUAUGAACUAAUUUGAAAAGUUAGAUGGAUAAAAACUUGUUCAAAACAAUCUGAAUCUGAUUGAGUGUUUAAAAAAUAGAGACAUAAGUGUGAAUCUGGUAUUUUACUGUCUUUUUGUUAAAAAUGAACCAAACUUAAAUCUCAUUAAACUGUUGAUGGAUUUCACUGUUAGUGUGGAAAAACUCUUUUAAAUUUCAGAUUUUUAAAAAGGACAUUUUACGACUUUAGGAGUUCAGUAAUUUGAAGUUUCUUUCUCUGAGCCAUGAACAGUCAAAUACCUCUUUGCUUUGUUUUGAAGCCACCCCCCAUUACAGUCCAGUACACUUGAGAAUAACAAUGCUCUGUGGCUAAAGAGCUAAUUCUGACGCAGCUUGUUGUCACACAGCACACACCAGCCAAUCAGCAUCUUCGAAUCAUGAUAAGAAAAGCCCCUUUAUGAUGACAGUUAAUCAUAAACAAACUGUUCCAGUUUUAGACUCUGAAAGUAUUCUAUUAGUCUGAAGGCCAGUGAACAUUUUAGUACAUCAGUAUGCUGACACCUUUUACACUUGAAUGCAGUAUUUUUUAUUCUGUCUUAAUAAUGUGAGGACUCUAAGACUGCCCAGACUGAUCAGAAUGGAGUUUCACAUUAGAGUGACUGACAUUUGGAGGUUAUUAAGUUUGAACCUGUUUGGUCUUCAAGUUUUUCCCUUUUAACUUUUUACAUACAAAGCAGAAAACCAUCACUGAUUUGCCUCACUGAAGCCACAGUCAUACAAAAACUAACUUUGAGCCAAUACUUCAGGCUGGCUGAUGAUAUUUUUUUAAUGAGUAAAACUUAAGUAAUCACUUAUAGUUAACAAGUUUGAAAAACCUUUGGGUUUCCAUGUUGGUAAAACUGUCUGGCCUCAUUGAGCAUGACUGUUUUCAUAUUCAUUUCAGAGUUACUUCAACAAAAUGAACCCCAAACCAACAAACAACACUUAGAAUUAUCAGUCAUACCUUUAAUAUUUUCUUCCUCAAAGUUGGUCAAGUUUUCUCAACUGUGUCUGAGCUUCAGGAUGCUGUAUGAGGAAGCAGGAAGAGUGUCGAAAGCAGCAUGCUCAGUGUUUUUGUAGGCUAUCUCCAAAAGGCAGGGCAGCGCUGUGAUCAUGUGAUUUCAUAGAAAGCACUCAAACAACACUCAAGUUAGAGCAAAAACAGAAUGUAGCAGGGUGAGCCCUGCAGCUUCUUAUUACUAGAGAUGCACUGAUCCAUUUUUUUCCGAUCCAAUCUGAUACAGAUACCUGGGCUGAGCGUAUCUGCCGAUCUUCAAAACCGAUCCAAUACUACUGUUGAAUGAAUGAAUGAACUGUAUACCUUGCCCUGUGAGUGAAGGCAUCAGGCUUGACAAUAGCCUUUUUAAAAAAAGAUAACAAAUGAAUUAAUCUUACCUCUUUUUGUGAAUGUUAGUAAAAUAGCUUCUGUCUUAGAGAUAAUUUUAGCUUGCUUUUUUGUGCUGGGAAUUGUUAUCACUCAUUGUGGCAACAGAUGAAAGGCACUGCUGACACAGUACAUGCGUUUGGUCUACAUCAUCCUUCUUGUAACCAAAACAAAUCCAGAUAACUGACAUCUAUUCUUUUGGUAACAAGUCUUCGUUUUCGGUGGUUUUCUCUUGUUUGUUGCUAAUUUUGCAAUCGUUGUUGUUGUUACCAGUGUUGUGCAGAGAAACACAUGUCUGCCAAGAAUUGCAUGCACCUCACAGAAAUGUGCACCAGUUAUAGAAGAGAGAUCCACGGAAAUGUACAAUUUAAAACCCAUACGAUUCAUAUUUGUGGGGCUAAACAGUAAUGAGUUAUGUUCCGAAAGUAAUUCUCGGCAGGCAUGCGUUUCUCGGCACAACACCGGCAGGCAGCAGCGACUCACUCCAUGUGCACAGCAUGUGCAGGGGCGUGGUUUCCUCUGCUCCUAUAUCUCAGGCUCUGCAAUGUGACUGUUGUGCACACAGUGAUGCUCAAACUACAUAUAGUGCAGCCCUGAUUUAGUGCAAAAGGAUAGUCAACAGAAUCGCUGUGUUGCUGUGUAUAAUAUGAAUUAAAAGAAAAGAAAGAACGACAGAAAUAACUUGACAUAAUUCAGCUGGCAUAUGUUUCAACUUUACCAAACUCCAUUUAUUGUUUUAUUUACUUUGCUUAAUUUUUUCCAUAAUUUAGCUUUGCUUUUACUGAUACUGUGUCUCAAGCUUGUACAGCACUUUGGUCGACUACAGUUGUUUUAAAAUGUGAAAUUAAACUUUGCUUGUCCUCACACAUUCUGGCAUGUUGAUAAGGGGUUAAAACAUCUGAAUGUAAUGUAAAAUCAGAGAACACUAAAUAAAGAGCUGAUAGAGAGCCAAAAGAAAUGAGAGACAGCUCACUGCAAAGUCAGACUAACUGACCUUGCUCUUUGAGAAAAACUGUAAUCCCAAUCACCAUGUAAAGCCUUUAAAUAAAGACAACAGGAGCAUCGAUGGCCAGAUUACAAAGCCUGGAGAAUGACUGCGUCUGACUGUGUCAGGUCAGGUGUGUGAUCCCAGAGCAACAAACAGUUUCUGACCGCAAGGCUUACGUUUUUCAUGGUGUUAUUUGCACCAUUAUUGACAUCACUUACCUUGUUGUUUGCAGUAUCUAUUUUUUCUGGUUGUAUAAUAUAUUUGCUUUCAUGCAGCAUCUUUAAAGUUAUCUCCAACCUGCUGCAAAAGCAUGUCAGCCAAGUCACUCCAGGAUCAAGCACCCUGGGUGCUCAGCACUAAAGUGACCCUCUUUAACUGCCUAGAUUUCUAAACUGCAUUACACUAAAAAAACUUAAAAACCUCACACAGUUAUAAAGGUUCUCCCUCACACUUUUGUUUUCUAAAGACAGAAAACAAACAGUGGGUAGGAUUUUCUGAACAAUGAGAAACAUUUUCAAUAGUUUCUGCAGCAAUUUAAAAAUGAAAAAAAGUGAAGUGUUGUGGAAAUCCACAAAUGUUUGCAGAACAGGUCCAGGCAGUGUUUUAUCAUACAGUAAUAAAAUACUAAAAACUACACAGAGGCUUCUCAUAAGUGGAGAUAGCUGACUUUUUUCUUUUCUCAUUUAGAAAUCUGAGAAGCUGCUCCAUCCUCUGAUUACUGUGAAGACACAACAUGGCAAUGUGAGUACUGAGUCAUGAAUUCAGAUUUGACUAAUUAUUUACCACUUUUGUGAAAUUUUAAUGAUGAGAUGACGUAAUAAUGGGCACUAAAUGAGCUCCUAGAUGCUGCUUAAAAAAGACUAAAUUUGCCAUCUAAAGUGGUUAUUCUAUCAAAAAAUGUCUCUCUGGGGCGUUUGGGGCCAAAAACAAUAACUUCAGUUUUAAGCAGCAAAGAAUUUCGGGUCAUAUGGGUCUUAACAUCUUUGAGGUUUUUUUCCCUGUUGUGUUAUCCAAAGGGAUUCAUUGAACAGUUAAAUUGUCAUCUUUCAAACAGCGAAACCUCAUGGACUGUUCCUACAAAAUAUAAUAUGGUCCAAGAACUAACAUUUGAGGUACUCCAUGGUUAACAGAGAACUAUUUAUUUUCAAGUGUAUACUGAUAGUGAUCUGCUGAAUGAGAUUUAAAGUUAAAGAUUAAAGUCAUGGUUUUGGUCUAUGUAUAAGGUUGUGAAGGCCAAUUGUACCAAAUGCAGCACAAAGAUCUGAAUACUCAAAGUACUAUGGUUUUAAGGACUUUAAGUUUAAUGUCAAAAAGAUUUAAAAAAAAAAAAAAAAAGAUUCAAACAGAAAUUUAGCAGUUUCUUUUACUUCUUUUAUGAGUGAUAAGAGAUUUGUUUGAUUCCAGGGGCUGAACUAAAACUAUCAUGUAAUGAGGCUGAUUAUCUUUACUAUGACUGUCAUGUUUCUGGAGAGCUUAUGUUUGAUUUAAAUUUCAGUAAAGGACUUGUUGAGCUAAUGUCUUUACUUUUCUAAAGGAACAGCUCCUCCAAGUUUAACCACAUCACCAACAAAGUGCUGAUUCGUCCAGGAUCUCCAGCUGUCUACAGGCUGAUACCUACUACAAAGAACGUUCAGUCUCUCACAAAAAAGACUCUGGGUCAAAAAGAUGCAAGCAAGUCCAACAAAACCAUUUUGCUUGUUGGUGAAACAGGUACAGGAAAAUCUACUUUGAUCAAUGCGCUGGUAAACUACGCCAUGGGGGUGAAGUGGGCAGACAACAUCUGGUUUGAAAUCGUUGAGGAAAAGAAGAAUCAAUCACGUCUAGAGGAAGAAGAAAAUCAGAGUGAAAGUCAGACAACAGAUGUGACGGUGUACGAGAUCUUUGGGUUUGAAGAUCAAACUCUGCCGUACUCUCUGACCAUCAUCGAUACUCCUGGGUACGGAGACACCAGAGGAAUUGAAAAAGAUAAUAUUGUUGGUCAAAAACUGUUGGAAUUGUUUCGCACAGAGGGUGGAGUCCACAAGAUUAACGUAGUGGGUCUGGUGCUGAAGGCCUCUGUGAACCGACUGGAUGACCGACAGAGUUACACUUUGAACUCUGUGCUGUCUCUGUUUGAUAAAAAGAUGGAGGACAGCGUCGUUGCCCUCAUAACUCACUCAAAUGGGAGACGACCUAAAAAUGUCCUCACAGCCCUUGAGGCUGCAAAAGUCAAGUGUGCCAAAGAUGACAAGAACCAGCCUGUGUACUUCUUGUUUGAAAACUGCCAGACAGAAGACAGAGAGGAGGAUCCAGACGGCCUUGAACGUGCUGAUGAACUAACAGUCAGGGAAAUGAGGAAGUUAACAGACUUUCUGGAAAGAUCCAAACCUAAAAGGGUUCAGGGAACUGUGGAUGUUCUUAAUGAAAGAGACACCCUGAAGACCUGCAUCAAGAACCUCAGAGAACGAGUUGAGUUUAUCGAGGACAAAUUGAAGGGAAUCAAGGAAAAAGAGGAAGCUCUUGAGAAACACAAAGGUGAAAUUGAGAAAAACAAGGACUUCAAGAUACCAACUACUGAAGUAUACAAAGACAAAGAAUACUAUGAAGGUAAGAGGACAUGGACUUCACUGUGGAUAGGUAAAAAAGGAAGUUUGUGCUGUACCAAAUGUGAGGAAAACUGUCAUUAUGACUGUGAGACAGCCUGGGCUAAAGUACUGUGCAAGUUCAUUGACUUCAGCGACCACUGCACCAUAUGUAGAGGGAAGUGUCAUGAAUCACAUCACGUGAGAGAGCAGUGGAGAUAUGUGACCAAGACCAGAACAGUUCACAAGACCUGUAAAGAAAUGGAAGAGAUGUAUAAAGCAGGUAAAGCAGGCCAUGCUGAGGCAAAGAGCCUCUUAGAAAUGCUUAAAAAUGACAUUAGAGAACUUGAGAGAGACAAAAACAGAUGGUUGGAAGAGGCCUUUAAGCAUAUCGUUGAAUUGGAGAGGAUUGCCCUGAAUGCCGAUUCACUGGAUGUCCACGAACACCUGGACUUCUUGAUCAAAAGGAUGGAAGAGAAAAGAGAAACACAGAAGAUCCAGAAACUGACAGAGAUGAAAAGUCGAGUGGAUAAAGUACUCCAGGCAGGAAUGAGGUACAUGGGGGCAGGUGGGACAAGUGGGAAAAGAUGAUAAGAGGUAAAAAAAAAUCUCCACAGAGUCACUGACAACCUCAGAUUCAUCAUUCUUGACCUUACUGUCAUGAUCAACACAAUCACCUCACCAUUCUUCUCUCCAACCUGGGAUCCAGGGUUAAUGUUAAAGUCCCUCCAUCCAUCAAACAGACAGAAACCCCUCCACUGCUCCUCCAUCUUGGGGUGUCCCCCUGGGUCAAGUGUUUGGCCCCCUUUCAUUCCAAGCAUAAAUAUGAUCUUAAAUUCCACUGCUAUUCCAAUUAUGUCCAGAUCGUCUCUGCUCCAUACUGACCAAGUGCCUUAGUGAAAUGAAAUAAUGGAUAACAGUCAACCUCCAUCAGCUCAAUUGUGACAUAUUCCACAGACAUCAUCAGCCUUAAAUUACUCACCCAUAUUCCUCAAAUUUCCUCCCCUCUAUAACCACUUCCUUGCCAAUUUCAUUGAGACAUUUGACAUUUUUCUAAUCAUAGGAAGUCUGUUAAUUAAGGACUGCUGUAAAUUUCGAUGGCACUUUAAGUAUUGUCUCUAAUCAGAAGUAUGUUGCAGCAUUUUGAAUUUUUUUUAGGUGUUUGAAUAUUUUGUCAACUGUAUGUUUGUAUCUUGUCUUGAUGUUGUAAUUAAAGAUGUACACAAAGGAGACAUCAUUGUCUCUGUGUAUAAGUAUAAGCUUUCAAGUUUAACUGACCUCUGAAUUUCAUGAUGUUCAGCUUCUAUAUACAAUAAAUAUCAGCAACUUACAGCAAUCGAAUGGCUGUCACAAACCAUUAUCCAUCCUUCAACAACAAAUAAACCUUAAAUUAAAAAAAAACAACUUCAUUUUUCUGUCUGAAACUGUUACGAUCAGCUUGAUAGGGGAGAAGGGAAGUAACGUAAAACAACCAGAUGUUAAAUGGUCAAUUCAAGUUAUUUAUUAACGCAGUUAAAACUGGUAAAAACAACAAAAAGAGAGGCAGCAAAGGCCUGUACUAAUGUACUAAUAGAUUGGCAAAAACACAGACUCUAACCUAGAGUUAUUAACAGUGAAAAUGAAGGUCUGUUCACAUAGAGAAAUAAGGAAAUGAAAAACAACUCAACUCAGCUCUACUGCUGCUAACAAAAAAAAAGAAGCUAGGUGUGUGCAAAGAUCAACUAAUAUGCCUCACAAGGUUACAAAUGUCCACAAUUCACAAAGACUUUAGGUCUGAAAAAGAGAGGCAUGGGAGCUCCACUGGUUACAGCGUGCUCCUGAGCUGCAGGUCUGCUGGCCUUUUAUCCACUCUGCCAAGUGGCUCCUCAUGAUUGGUGGAAGCCUACAGCCAGUCGGUCUCUGCCAUCUCCAGGUGGAUGUGAUCAGGCAAUUAGUUCCAUCUGCAGCUGUGGCAACCUGUGAGCUACAAGCAGCACUCACACACAAGCACACACAGACGCACGCACGCAGGCAGGAAGGAAGGCCCAAGAUUUUGCCGCACUACGGUGGCGGCCGUAACAGAAACCCAAAUAAUAUGAUUUACUUACCACAUCAGGUCAGUCCUCGUAGUUUUGUAGAUUAAAAUUUUCUUGUGGAUUAUGGAAAGAGAAAAUAGCUGGAGACAGUUGAUAUCAAGAGGUAAGUGCUGUACUGGGUUAAAACACAAACAGUAUACAUUUUUAAGUAAUCAGGGACUCUUUAAGGAUAAGAGACCAAGGGUCUAAUUUAAAGACAAAAAAGUGACCAUUUGAUUUAUUUACAACAAACACUGAAAAGAACCUAUAUAGUCACUUUCUCUCCUCAAAUUUAGCUGAAAAAAGUUUAUCUACAAAAUGAUCGUACUGUUAACAAUCAUGCAUCCAGUUUUCUCUGCAGAUAGUCAGAUAUUCUUCGUCUCUGUCACUAUGUCAGAUUGUUAGUGCUGAAUACAGUAAACAUACAUGGAAGCAUGGGUUCGAACUUUAAAGGUAGGGUUGCUAAUCACAGCAAACUACCAUGAAUUUGAAUGUAGCAUGUCCUCUGGACUUUAUCUAGUCACUCCCUCCUUCCCUUGGAGCUCCUCCAAAACAAUUCCCCCACUCACUGUCUGAUGGUUAAAAACCACAGACUCCAAACUUUGGGACUAGAUUGAGAAGUCUUUACACAGCAGGGACAAAGAGGGUAACCAGAGGGAUGACCACAUAACUAGCUAUAUGGCUAAAAACUUGAUCAAGAUUAAAAAUUAUAAAACCUUCAAUUUACCUUUACAACAGAAAAUGAUCAGCCAUGGCAAUGUUUUUAAAGCCAUAGACCUCUUUCAGUUCUCUCCAUUGCUGAAAAGCUGUCCUGAUGUUGACUUUCAUUUUUGUCCUUGCUUUCUCCAGACUCUGUCUUGUUUUGGCCUUCUCUGCCCCUGUCUUUCUUUUCUUGCUCUUUUUUGCAGGAGGAGGGGUCACCAUUAAUCUGGGUAUAGGUAGUUUCUCGAGCGUAGCUGUAUCCCUCUCAGCUCGGCUAUGCGCAUCGAAUCAGGGUCAGUACUUGCCAGCGACAUGUAUGCGCAGGACGUGAGCAAGGGAUUUGAUUUGUUUAAAAAUGUGGGACCCACAUGAUGUGAUUGGUUUAUAUUAUUUUAUUUCCUCAUUGUUUAAUUUCAGUGUUUUUAUAUGGUUUUUAUUAUGAUUCUUUUAUUUUAACUUUUCAUGUAUGUUUUAACUUAUUUUAUUGCACUGUGCAGCACUUUGCUAAACUUAACUCUUUUUUAAAUGUGCAAUAUAAAUAAAGUGGAUUGGAUUGGAUUGGUUGGUGUUUUCACAGUUUUACUCCUGCUUUAGAUAGUGGCUAUGUUUCGUUCUUUUUUAAGAACACAUCAUGUAUUGAUUGCCAUUGCAAUAUAAGAUCAUUUUAACCAGAAUAACAAAAAGUGUAUCUAAAUUAGAAGACUAACCCUACCUUUAAAUUACACUAUCUGAGUUAUUAAAAAUAAUUUUCUGACUGUUGGUGAGUUUUGUGCUGAAUUUGAAAGACAAAACUUUUUAAAAUUUUUAACCGACAGGUCAGUGAACAGGUAGAGCUUGAACACCUACACAGUAUAGAAAAUAAUUCGUAAAUAUUACAGGCUGUGACUGAGUUUCACCGUAUUAGGAACAAACUGGUAUUGUACAUUAUUAACAACACAUAUAUUCAUCACAACUGAGCAUUUCAAAGAGCCUUCAUUUUCCUUUUUCCACCAUGCAGUUUGUUCCCCCUUUUGAAUAAACUAAAAUUAUUGAAUCUAAUUGUUUUUUUCAUGAUGUAACAUUUAGCAUCCAUUGUACCCUGAAUGUUCAACAGCAAUAGGGAUUUAAAAGAAGUCUUUUGCUUUUUUUUAAACUCCAAAAUUUAAAACAGAAACAUUAAAAUAUUCAAAAAGCUAUUUACAUUAUUAAAAAAACAUACAAAACGUGGUUUUUCAUUGGUAAAACGACAAAAUCUGUUCCUUCACCCACAUUUUUGGAAAUAAGUUUGUAUUACUGCAAAUUGUUUUAAUGUACAGUCCGGUCAUUAUACUGCUGCUCUGGCUCUGUCUAAGAUAACUGUCUCAAAUGUGUAUUUUUAUUUUAGCAACAUUUGAAUACACACUGUGAAUACCACAGGUAGAUGUAGGUAUUACAUUAUAAAAUGAUUUGUGCAUUAGCUUUUUUUAAGUUCAGUCUGUGGAAUUGUGGUAUCUGCAUCCCUUGUCCAAAUAUGGUUACAGCAAUGGGAAGGAGCCGGCUAGUUUGAUCCACAAAGUGCAGAUUGUAAAUGUUUGUACCCUCGAUUUUGGUGACUGAGCGCCCUGAGUGUGGCAGCAAGUCACAGCAGCUCUUCACAGAGUUUACGUUUUUGCCUUUAAUUAUUGUUUUUUACACAUUAUUUGUCUUUCUUUUUAUUAAGCAGUGCUGUGUUUUGCCAUGGAUGUGUAUUUCAUGACUCUAGCACUUUGUUUUUCUUUUACUUUUUGGAGUUUUUAAGUCCGCAUCUGGUGACCCGUUCAGCGGCUCCAUUGUUUACAGCCGUGAACAGCUGUUGGCGCUGCGCCAAGCCCAGCCACCUUCGUGGGACAGACUGGACAUUUCCGCCAAGCUCCGCAGGAGAAGGAGAGGAUGCAGAGCUGGAGUUCAGCAUCCGUCAAAGCGGAGACGUUUUAAGCCAACUGUCCCAUCCAUCAUCAUGGGAAACGUGAGGUCUCUUCCCAACAAGAUGGAAGGGCUCACAGCGCUGACUUGGCUGCAGUGGGAGUACCGUGAGUACAGCCUAAUGUUGUUCACAAAGUCAUGGCUGAAUGAACUCACUCCGGACCUGCUCGUAACUUUGGACGGAUUUCAUCUCAUCAGAGCGGACCAUUUACAUAGCUAUGGUGAAGAAACAACCCCCCACCAUCAGGUAUGUUAAGAGGUGGUAUGAGGAGGCCACUGAGGUGCUGCAGGACUGUUUUGAGACCACAGACUGGGAUGUACUGUGCGGCCCACAUGGUGAUGACAUCGACACCAUGACAGAUUGUAUCACGGACUAUAUAAACUUCUGUGUUGAGGAUACCGUACCCACCAGGAAAGUACAGUGUUUCUCCAACAGCAAACCUUGGGUGACCCCGGAACUUAAAGUCCUCCAGAAGGAGAAGAGGAGGAUCUUUAAAUCCAGGGACAAGGAGGAGCUGAGGAGGGUGUAGAAGAAGCUGAAGAAGAUCAGGGUGGGGAAGGCCAGUUACAAGACCAAGAUGGAAAACCUUCUGCAACAGAACAACCCGAGGGAGGUCUGGAGAGACCUGAAAUCCAUCUCAGGUCAUAGCAGGGGCCACGAGAGGGGACCUGAAGCAGGAGACAGGGAGUGGGCCAACGAGCUGAAUCUGUUCUUCAAGAGAUUUGACUCUGCUCCCACUCCUCCCCUGACUCAUCAAACCAACGACCCGUCUGCUGCUUCUUGUUCACACCACCUCAGUUUCAUGGCACCAGCAUCAUCAAACCCCUCCACACAUCCUCCACCUCCCCCUCCAGCACCCCCUCCAGCAACACCCCCAGCCUCUCCAUAACAGCUGACCAGGUGAGAAGAGAGCUGAGGAAGAAGAAGCCAAGGAAAGCCACAGGUCCUGACAGCAUCAGUUCCAGACUCCUGAAGGACUGUGCAGACCAGCUCUGUGUGGUGCUACUGCACAUCUUCAGCUUGAGCCUGAGUCUGGACAGGGUCCCAGCACUGCGGAAGACUUCCUGCGUGAUUCCUGUCCCCAAGACAGCACACCCCAGGGAGCCCAUCCACUUCAGACCUGUGGCCCUCACUUCUCACCUGAUGAAGACUCUGGAGAGGAUCGCGCUAAGGAACUUCUGCCUCCUGAUCAGGUCUCAUCUGGCUCCUCUGCAGUUUGCGUACCAGACGAACGUCGGGGUGGACGACGCUGUCAUCUACCUGCUGCAGAGGUCCAUGGCUCACUUGGAGAACACCGGCAGCACUGUGAGGGUCAUGUUUUUUGACUUCUCCAGUGCUUUCAACAUCAUCCAGCCUUCACUGCUCAGGGGGAAGCUCAAGAGGGCGGGAGUGGGCUGUCACCUAGCCGCAUAGACCGUGGACUACCUCACCAACAGACCACAGUUUGUGAGGCUUCAGAACUGUGUCGGACAUGGCGGUCUGCAGCACGGGGGCUCAACAGAGGACAGUGCUCUCCUCCUUCCUCUUCACCCUGUACACCUCAGACUUCAGCUACAGCUCUGGGAGCUGUCACCUCCAGAAGUUCUCUGAUGAUACAGCCAUCAUCGGAUGUGUAUCAUCAGGGGAUGAGCGGGAAUACAGGACUGUCAUCACUGACUUUGUCAAUUGGUGUGGCACAAAGCACCUCCAGCUCAAUGCCAGUAAGACAAAGGAGAUGGUCAUGGAUUUCCACAGGAGGAAGACACCUCAGACUGUCCCACUGAACAUCGAGGGUCUGGACAUCGAGAUGGUGGAGUCCUAUAGAUUCCUUGGUGUCCACCUCAACAAUUGACUGGACUGGUCAACCAACACAGACAUCCUGUACAAGAAGGGCCAAAGUCGUCUCCACCAGCUGAGGAGACUGAGGUCCUUUGGAGUGUGCAGGACUCUGCUCAGGACUUUCUAUGACUCUGUGGUAGCAUCUGCAUUUUUCUAUGCAGUGGUCUGCUGGGGGCAGGGAGCACGGAGAGGGACAGGAAGAGACUGAACAGACUGGUCAGGAGGGCUAGUUCUGUCCUGGGGCCUCAUGUAUCAACACUUGCGUGGGACCUAUAUCGGAAAUGAGUGCAUGCAAGGUCCGUCAUGCUGAAAAAAAAUUGUAUAGGUGUGCGGGCGCCGAAAGCCACGUGUGUUUCCUUGAUAAAUCCCAAUCAGCUUGGAAUUGAGCGCAGAUGUCGGAGUGACUGGGCCCAUCCCCGUUAUGCCCACCUAUAAAUAUGCAGAUUUAUUUAAAUACGGUCUCCCUGUCCUCGCAUGCAGACAAAAUGACAAGAAAAACGAAAUUUACGGCGUGCACGGUGGAGGUGCUGGUGGCAGAGGUGGAGGAGCGACAGCGUGUUUUGUUUGGCAGUCUGUCCAGUGGCAUCAAUGCAAAACGAAAACGCUUGGAGUGGGAGAAAGUUUGCGAGAGGGUGAACGCAGUUGGUUCCGAAACACGCACCCCUGCAGAGAUUUUAAAAAAGUGGUCGGACCUCAAGGUGAAGGUCAAGCGGCAUACAGCUGCCCUCCGGAGGAGUACCGGCCAGACAGGUGGGGGUCCGGGGGAGGAGACCCUCACGCCGUUUGAGCAGCGGGUGGUGGCGAUUAUGGGGGGCGCUUCUGUGGGGGGGGGUUGUCGCUGCUACCUGCGGCGACUCAGACAGCCUUCCAGAGGGUAAGUGGCGUGUCACAUGCUUUGCCAUAGAUGUAAACGCAACAGAUACACAGAAGCAGGAAUUUAAAUGAACCAAUAUUUUCAUUGUGUCACAGAAAUCAAUGUGUCGGCCGUGUUGCCGGCUUGCGGAACCCUGGCCUACGGCAGCCCGUCCGCCGACUCUGAGUAAUCGGCCAGGACCAGCGGCAUUCAGGCCACACCGGCCCCCGGCCCAAGCACCAGCAUCAGCACACCGACAAGCGGUGGAGCGUCCACCAGCCGCGGCGCUUCCGCUGGGCAACCCAGACCCAGUGGAAGGGUCCUCACGGAGGAAGAAAUCAUCAGGGGGAUUGAGAAAAUAUUUUAAUUUGGCUCAUUGAACUGUGUAUUCACUUCUUACCCAUUCACAUUGUGGCAAUGAGAUUCUCCAGCGCGAGGACGGCGGCCCGGCAGGGAUCAGCUCGCAUCCCUCCAUCUGCUGCUGGUUCGUCAUGUGGGGCAGGUCCACUGCGAUGUUUGAAUGCUUGUUACAUAGUGAGUCACCAAACACUGCCACACAGCGUCGCCAAAGUGCUGUCAACACAAGUAUCAGCUCAGCACCAACUUCUACACCACCUCCUCACUUUGCGUGGAUUUGCGCUGGAACCGACGCUCGUGUCGCGAUGAUAAAUCUGGACAUGUGCGCCGAUCUUGGCGAACGCAAGGUUUUCUGGCGCCGCCAGCGUUGAUACAUGAGGCCCCUGGACUGCUCUUUGGACUCCCUGGAGGAGGUGGGUGAGAAGAGGUUGUUAGCAAAGCUUGUAUCCAUCAUGGACAAUCCCUUUCACCCACUUCCCCAGACUGUGGGGGCUUUAAGCAGCUCCUUCAGCAGCAGACUGAGACUCCCACCUUGCAAGACGGAGCGCUUCCACAGGUCAUUCCUCCCUUCUGCAAUAAGACUUUACAACGAACCGUAACAAUAACUGGACUCACACCACCUUUUUUUUUUCUGGCACUUAAAUUGUGUAUAUUGUAUAUUGUAUAUAGUUUUAUUUAAUUUGAUUUUAUUUAUUUUUCCUUUUUCUAAAUGUUUUCUUAAUUAUAACAUUUAUUUAAGUUCUUAAUAUUACGAUCUUUAUUUAUUUUUCCUUUUUCUAAAUGUUUUCCUAAUUAUAACAUAUUUAAGUUCUUAAUAUUACGAUCUUUAUUUUUUCAACUGCAUUUGGCACUACCUUUGUCUGUGAUGCUGCUGUGACAAAAAAUUUUCCUUCAUGGGGGAUCAAUAAAGGAAUAUUCUAUUCUAUUCUACUUGAGUGUUACUUUGGGGGUCUUGCUAGCUAAUUGUUAUUCCUUUUCUUUUCCUAAAUGUGAUCUUAAUGACAAUAAACUGUGAUGUUGUAUGUUGCUGCAUGUUGUUCGUCUGAGUGGUGUUUCCAUACCUGUAUGUUGUGUGACUCUGUGGUUAAAGGUUGCGGAAAUGCAGAGCAGACAUCUCUCAGAUCAGAGGCCUGUACUACGAAGCUGGAUUUGGUCUUAGCGAGGUAACUUCUGGAUAACUUCUGGGUUUUCUGUACUACGAAGGUGGAUCUCUUUUUAUCCGGGUCCGUUGCCCCGGUAACUUACGCGGAACGCCAAACCUGCUCCGGAGCAGGUUAUGUUUCAGGGUAAGAUCUCAGCAGGUAUAAAAAACCGCCCAAUGACCAAUCGGA